AUGCCUCUUCAUCCAUUAGGACAGCAGCCGCAGCCGCAGCCGCAGCAACAACAACAACAACAACAGCAGCAGCAGCAGCAGCAGCAGCAGCCGCAACCGCAACCUCAGCAACAACAACAACAACCACCACCUCAGCCAGCACAACAACAGCCACCACCACCACCACCACCUCCACAACAAGCCCAAGCUCAAGGCCAACCACCUCAACAACAGCAACAACAACAACCACCACCACCUGACAUAACCCCCCCUCAGGACCUUACAGCUUUUCAAAAACUAGAAAAUGAAAACUCUGAAUGUUGGCUGGCUGUGGGACGACUUGCAGAAAUGUUGGGAGAUUUUGAACGCGCUGUAGGCUCUUAUGACCAUGCUAUUCGUCACAACCCUUACUCCAUUCCUGCUCUCACUGCCAUUGCAAACCUUUACCGCAGCAGAGAAAUGUUUUCAAAAGCUGUCGACUACUAUCAAGAAAUUCUCAAAAUUAAAAAAACUUCUGGAGAAACUUGGGGCUCGCUUGGCCACUGCUUUCUUAUGAUGGACUCUUUAGAUGCUGCUUAUAAUGCCUAUCAAAAUGCUCUCCAAAAUCUUCAAGACCCCAAUGAUCCCAAACUCUGGUACGGAAUUGGCAUCCUCUAUGAGCGCUCAGACUCUCUUUCAUAUGCCCAAGAUGCUUUUACUCAAGUCAUGCAAAUGGACCCAAAGUUUGAAAAGGCUAACGAAAUUUACUUCCGUCUUGGCAUUAUAUACAAACAACAACAAAAGUAUAACCAAUCUCUCGAGUGCUUCAAGUCAAUCCUGCAUAACCCUCCACGUCCUCUCACCGAAGUUGACAUUUGGUUCCAAAUUGGUCACGUUCAUGAACAACAAAAGGAUUACGCCGAAGCUAAAAGAGCUUAUGAACGUGUUUUAGAACAAAAUCCAAAUCACUCAAAGGUCCUCCAACAACUCGGCCUUCUUUACCACCAAUCUUCUCUUUCUCCUGCAGACCAAGAAAAGGCUGUCCAAUGUCUUGAAGAUUCAAUUAAGGCAGACCGAGAAGAUGCCCAAUCUUGGUACCUUCUUGGCCGCUGCUACAUGGUCUUACAACAAUAUAAUAAAGCUUACGAGGCUUAUCAACAGGCUGUCUACCGUGAUGAACAUAACCCCACUUUUUGGUGCUCCAUUGGCUCGCUCUACUAUCAAAUCAACCAGUACCGUGAUGCUCUCGAAGCUUACUUCCGUGCCAUUCGUCUUAACCCAAUGAUUUCUGAAGUUUGGUAUGACUUGGGUACCCUUUAUGAAACGUCAAAUAAUCAAAUCAAUGAUGCUCUUGACGCUUAUCAACAUGCUCAUGAGCUUGACCCUGAAAACCCUCAAAUUAAACAACGUCUUGAGCAACUUCGCAAUUAUAUUUCUCAAGGUGGUGCUGCCAUUGGUGGUCCUCCUCCUCGUCCUCAGGAUAUAAAUCCAAUUACAUAUCAGCAACAGCAACAAGGCCCACCACAUGGUAACUUUUGGGAUACCCAGAGUCAACAGCAAGGUGGCGCAGGUGCUGCUACUGCUGCAGGUGCAAAUGCUACUGGUGGCCCUCAACAACAGCAACCCCCCCCACCUCCUCCACCACCACAACAGUUACCGGAUCAACAGCCACAACCUCUGGGGCCUCCAGGGGGACCUCCAGGCCCCCCAGAAUUUCAACAAUCCCAACUUGCUCCUCUUCAAGACUUUGAGCAACAACGUCGCAUUGCUAUGCAAGAACAAGAAUCCAGAGCUAUUGCUGAAGCUCAAGCUCGUGAACGCGAUGCCCGUGAAAGAGAGGCUCGAGAACGUGAAGCUCGUGAAAGAGAGACUCGGGAACGUGAAGCAAGAGAGCGUGAAGUAAGAGAGCGUGAAGCAAGAGAAUUGGCGGAGGCUAGGGAAAGAGAAGCUAGAGAGCGUGAGGCUCGUGACAGAGAAGCUCGUGACAGAGAAGCUCGUGACAGAGAAGCUCGUGAAAGAGAAGCUCGUGACAGAGAAGCUCGUGAAAGAGAAGCUCGUGAAAGAGAAGCUCGUGAAAGAGAAGCUCGUGAACGAGAGGCCCGUGAACGAGAAGCUCGCGAACGAGAAGCUCGUGAAAGAGAGGUUCGUGAAAGAGAAGCUCGUGAAAGGGAAGCUCGUGAAAGGGAAGCUCAUGAAAGGGAAGCUCAUGAAAGAGAAGUUCGUGAAAGAGAAGCUCGUGAAAGGGAAGCUCGUGAAAGGGAAGCCCGUGAAAGGGAAGCUCAUGAAAGAGAAGUUCGUGAAAGAGAAGCCCGUGAACGAGAGGCCCGUGAACGAGAAGCCCGCGAACGAGAAGCUAGAGAAAGAGGGGUUAGAGAACGAGAAGCCCGCGAAAGAGAGGCUCGUGAAAGAGAAGUUCGUGAACGAGAAGCUGCCAUGGAACGUGAGCGUGAGCGUGAGCGUGAACGUGAGCGUGAACGCGAGGCUCGAGCUCGUUCAGAGGCUGAUGCCCGUGUUCGUGAAGAAAAACUCCGAGCUGAGGAACUUGCUGUUCGUACUUCACCUACUACUUCUUCUGCCUCUCUCCCUCCACCACCACCAACAUCACAGCAACAACAACAGACCCUUCCACCAUUUCAGCAACCAUCUCCUCGGCUUCCACAGAUGUUGCCUCAUCCAUCUUCUGUUGGUCAUUCUCCUCUUCCUCCCCCCCCUCAACAGCAAUUGCCUCUAACUUCUGCCGGUGCUAUGCUUCCUCCACCCAAUUUCCCUUCUGCUGACCAGCAACCGCGGGACCGUGACCAACAACAACGUACCACAAUGCCUCCUUUAGUUUCAAAGCCUGAUGAAAAGCCUAGUCGGUCUCCUCCUCGGUCUCGUCAUGCCAUGCCUUCCAUCCUUAAUGCUCCGUCACAACCACCAGCAAGCCCCAAUAACGUGGCUUCUUCUCCUAUUUCAGCUUCAGCUUCAGCUCCUGCUCCUGCUCCUGCUCCUGCCCCUGCUCCUGCUCCUGCUCCUGCUCCUGCCCCUUCCACAGCUACCACCACUUCAGCGAGUACUAGUCCUAGUAAUGAUAGAUCCGCUAAUUCGUCUCCUCGUGUUUCUACACUUGCCAAGCUAGUUGACCCCAAGAAGCCCUCAGAGCCUGACCAACCACCCACGACUCUGCCGAAACUUGCUCAUAUCAAGGACGAGGAUCGACCUUCAGAUGAUAAAAAGGAUGCCAAAGAAAAGAGCAAUGGCCAUUUUACUGCGUUGUCAUCAUCACCUGUACCUGUACCUGCACCUGCACCUGCAUCAGCUACUACUACUACUGCUACCGCUACUGCUACUACUGCUACUACUACUACUACUCCUGCCACUCCUGCCACUACUGCCACUACUGACACUCCUUCUUCUACUGACACUACUGCUCCUACCGCUAAUACUACCCCUGCAAAAGCAUCUACCCCUGCUCCAACACCCAAAGACCAACCAGCAUCAGCAACUACAGUCUCUUCUAAGCCGUCUUCUGCUCCUGGGUCGUCUCCAUCCUCUGCUCCCAAAAAAUACCCCGAGGUUGUUGAGGCCCCCCAGCGCCAGGUUGAUGAAGACUCGGACUAUGAUGACGACGAAGAUGAUGACAAUGACGAUAAGAGCGUUCCAUCGAAUGGUAGCAACAGCAGUAACAAGGCCAAUGGUAAAGUCUCAUCAUCCUCAGCAUCCUCUUCUACCUCGGUGUCACCCCCCAGUGCCAAUGGCACUCUCAAACGCAAAGAAGAUGUUGAAGAUCAUGCGGACGAAUCGAAAAAGAAGCGCAAGCAUUCUGAUGCUGAUAACAGACGCCGCAGUAGUAGUAACUCGAGCUCAAGUGGUCGGCCAGCCACUGCCACGGUUAGCAGCACCAAUGCAUCAGAUGAGCCGGACAAGAAGAAGAAUGAUGAAUCUAGUUCUGUUUCCAAGUCGGAUGAGUAA